CGAGUGCAGCUGGGGACUGGUAUAAAAGACCGAGGCUCCGAGCAACUGCAGCAACAUUAUUGGAUCCGACAGUCCCCAGAGCAGACACACCGAUACAGCGAUACAGCGACAGCAACCAUCCAGCCAGCCACAUGAUGAAGGGAUUGAUACUCGUGACGGUCCUGUGCCUGACGACGAGAGGACUGGCAGCUCCUGCCCCCGAUCCAGAGCCAGCGCCAUCCCCUGCCCCCGCUCCGGCACCUGCUCCAGCUCCAGCCCCUGCUCCGUCUGGCAUUGGGAUUGGCCUGGGACAUAGCUACGGACUGGGACUGGGACUGGGUCUGGGCGUCGGCCACUACGGCGGCUACCAUGGCGGAUACCACGGAGGAUUGGGCCUGGACCUGGGAUACCACGCGCCCAUCAUCUCCAAGACGAUCAUCGGAAAGAGCUAUCUAGGCGGCUAUGGGGGCUACGGGGGCUACGGGCUGGGCCAUGGCUACGGCCUGGGUCUGGGCCACGGCUACCUGGGGGGCUACGGACACGGACUCUACGGAGGACACGGCUUGGGUCUGGGUGUGGGUCUGGGUCUAGGCGGCUACGGCUACGGGCAUGGCUGGUAGAAGCCACUCCGAUCCGACCCCAACGAAGCUCCAACUAACGUCAAGGCGAGCGUGCAACAUGUGAGAGUUUCCAAUCGAGUCAUACGCAACAUAUUCCGAUAGCCUUAAUCAAUCAAUCAAUCACUCAGUCAGUCAGCCAAUCAAGCCAUCAAAUAAAUUUAUCUGACCUGAACAACACACAAAAUCGAUCGAGAGUUUCAUUUGAGUGAAUCGUGGCCAAGGAUCUUCUGGAAAGGACAUCCGAG